AUGGUCCACACCUUACAUCCACUUCCUUACACCUAUACAGCCCUUGAGCCUCAUAUGGAUGCUAGAACUGUUGAAAUCCACCAUACAGCUCACCACAAUACUUAUGUCACCAAGCUAAAUGCAGCUCUUGCUGAUUUCCCAGACAGAGCCAAUCUCGAUCUCACUGCUUUACAACAUGUUCUUGCUGGCACUAGCCCUGCUGUCAUCAACAACGCUGGUGGACACUAUAACCACACUCUGUUUUGGCAAAAUAUGGGCCCUGUUGGGUCUUCAAACCCUGCUCCAUUUGGAGAACUUGCUGCCAAAAUUGAUGAAAAAUUCGGAUCAUUUGAAACUUUUAAACAACAAUUCACAGCUGCCGCUGUUAAUAGAUUUGCAUCUGGUUGGGCAUUUUUGACUGUCAAGCAGGAUGGGACACUUGAGGUCCACAAUACCCCUGGACAUGAAAAUCCUCUUAUGGACGGAAUUGGAACAGUCCAUGGAGUCCCUAUUUUGACUUGUGAUGUUUGGGAGCAUGCUUAUUAUUUGAAAUACCAACAAAGAAGACCUGAAUUUGUUGAAAACUGGUGGAGAAUUGUCAAUUGGGAUGCUGUGGUGAGCAAUUAUGACAAUUACGCCAAGAAUGGACAGGCAGUACCAUUUGCUUAA